GAGCUGGACUCCCUGAGGCAGCAGGUGGCGGAGCGCGAGGACGCACUGGUGGAGCUGUCAGCCGAGCUGGAGCUGUUGAGGGGCGAGGCCAGGCACUUUCGCGCCGCCGCUGCCGCCGCAGCCGCCGCCGUCUCCUCGCCGCCCCCCGCGGCCGCGGCCGCGCCCGUGGCCCCUCCGCUGCAGCCGGCGGCGGGGGCGGAUGCGGCCGGGUGGCGGGCGGAGCGCGAGGGGCAGCUGGUGGCGCAGCUGGCGUCGCUGAGAUCCGAGAUGGAAGCCAGGGAGGCGGCGCUUGAGGCGCUGCAGCGGGAGUGCGACAGCCUCAGGCUGGGGCCGAGCACGGCGCCGCGGGCCGCGGGGGACGAGGGUUCAAGGCUGCGGGCCGCGGCGCUCGAAGAGGAGGUGCGGCGGCUGAGGAGACUGCUGCAAGAUGGCGCUCUCCACCAGCAGCAGCAGCAACAGCAGCAGCAGGAGGGCGGGCAGCAGCAGGCUGCGGCAUCCGCUGCUGACGCGCGGGCCGAGGCGGCGCGCCUAGCAGCCGAGGUGGAGCGCCAGCGGGCCGCGCUCGAGGAGCGGGCGGCGGAGGAGCGGCGUCUGAAUGACGUCAUCGGGCAGCUGCAGCAGGCGCUGAUCGACUGGCAGUGCAGCGCCGGCGGCGGCGGCGCGGACGCGGGUACGAUGCACGACAGCGCGGAGGCCGAGGGCGACGCGUCGGAGACGCGCGCUGCUGUGGCAUCGGCGGGGCAGCAGGGGCAGCAGCAGCAGCAGCAGCAGCAGCAGCAGCAGCAGCAGCAGCCGUUGGAGGAUGAUGAGCGGGACGCGCUGCAGUCGGCCCUGAGGUUCAGAGACGAGCUAGUCGCCCAGUUGUCGGCUGAGACGGACGCCCUGAGGCAGCAGCUGCGCGCUCAAGAGGCCAUCGCCCGCGAUGCGCAGCGGCAGCCACGCGACGCCGCGCAGGCCGCCGCGGUGCAGGCCGCGGCGGCGGCGCAGGCGGCGGAGGCGCGGCGGGAGCAGGAGGCGGAGGCGAUGCGGGACCUGCUGCUGGAGCUGCAGGCGGAGUCCAAUGCGAAGGACGCGGUCAUAUCGCGGCUGGAGGGGCGGCUGGAGCUGCGGGUCGGCGCCGGCUACGCGCGGACGGAGGAGAUGCGCCGUCUCUAUAAGGAGCUCUCCGCCCGCGAGAUACACAUCCAGCGGCUGGAGGCCCGGGUGCGCCUCAUGGCCAGCCAGAUAGACGCUUUCGUCCGCUUGGACCAGCAGCAGGCGGAGGCCGUCGCAGCGCUCGCGGAGGACGACGGCGGCUACCCCUCCUCGCCCGCCCGCCACGGCGGUGCCCUGGGCCAGCAGCGGCGGCCGCGGUCCGCGGGGCCGAGCGAGGGCGGGGGCUCGGGCGGGGGCGGGGCCGCGGCGCGGCGGGCGUCGCUGGGCGGCUCGCUUGGGGCGGCAUCGCCGGG